UUCAUCAUUGAUUUGGCAGUGUGUGAAUAUUUUCUCAAUCGGAUAUCAUUUGUGUAACAUUGUAGAUUUAAAGAAAAUCUGUUUACAUGUGCAAAUUAUCGGAUUUUGAUAUAUAGUCCUAAUACGCAGGGUUGAAAACAUGUCCUGGAUAUGUUUUCAUGGAUCAUCGGGAUCCGCCAUUCGGAAAUGGCAAUUUGGACUUAUUUUCUCUGUCUUUUUUUCCAUAUAUGUGGAAGGGCAAGUCCGUUAUUCUAUUCCGGAGGAGAUGACAACCGGUUCGUUCGUUGGGAAUAUCGUUCAGGAUUUAGGAAUGGAAGUUAAAAGACUGAAAUCUGGUCGAGCGCGUGUUUUUACCGAGGAUAGCCGUGAGUAUAUCGGUCUGAAUGCGGACAAAGGGACUCUGGUUGUGAAAGAGAGGAUUGACAGAGAGGAGCUGUGUGGCCAAGUGACUCCAUGUUCGUUACAUUUCCAGAUAAUUCUUGAAAAUCCCUUUGAACUUCACCGUAUUGAUGUAGAGAUUUUGGAUAUUAACGACAAUACGCCCGUAUUUCCUAAUAAAGAAAUUCGAAUAGAGAUUAGUGAGGGGUCUCUUGUGGGAGCCAGAUUUCCUCUAGAGAAUGCUAUGGACCCUGAUGUAGGGAUGAAUUCAAUUCAAACAUAUUCCCUUUUACCGAGCGACCACUUCACGCUGAAACAACAUUCACACGCAGAAGGUACUACUUAUUUAGAGAUGGUACUGCAGGCGACGCUCGACAGAGAAACAAAUGAGCAACAUACUUUAAUGUUAACUGCUGUGGAUGGAGGUACUCCUCGGAAGUCAGGCACAGUGAAAAUAUAUAUACAAGUGUUGGAUGCUAACGACAAUGCACCCAUAUUCAACACUGGACUUUACAAAUACUCAUUAUCUGAGGAUUCCCCGAAAGGAACUGUGAUUUUGUCUGUCAGCGCUACCGACGCAGAUAAAGGGACUAAUGGGGAGGUGAUGUAUUCAUUUUCACAUGCUACUGAUGGCACUUCAGAUAUGUUUACCAUUGAUCCCCUUAGUGGAGAAAUAAAACUGAACGGUAGAUUGGAUUUUGAGAAUAAUAAGCAACAUAUACUAAGUGUACAAGCAAUGGAUCGGGGGCGUCUUAAAGAUUCAAGUAAAGUACUAAUCGACGUUUUGGACGUCAAUGAUAACGCCCCUAUUAUAUCAUUAAUGGGUUUUUCCAAUCCUAUACCCGAAGACGCGUCACCAGAUACCGUCAUAGCAAUGCUAAACAUAAAAGAUUUAGACUCGGGUAGAAAUGGCCAGAUCAAAUAUUCAAUAAACCCAGAUUUACCUUUCCGCAUUAAGUCCUCCUCAUCCAACAUCUACAGUUUGGUCACAGAUCAGAUGUUAGACCGUGAAAUUAUGUCUGAAUACAACAUCACCAUAACAGCUACGGAUGAUGGGUCUCCUCAGCGUUCUACUAACAAGACACUGACAUUAAGAAUAUCUGAUGUCAAUGAUAAUGCACCAUUAUUUGAGAAGAAUUCAUACACUGCUUAUUUAAUGGAGAACAACUCUCCGGGUGUAUCCAUAUUUUCACUAACAGCCAGUGAUAAAGACACCGGCAACAACGCACGCAUUUCGUAUUUAAUAGAUGAUUCACAUAAAAAUGGACUUUCAGUAUCAUCAUAUGUCUCUGUAAAUUCAGAAAGCGGUGUGAUCCAUGCAGUACGUGCUUUUGACUUUGAACAAAUCAAACAAUUCCAGUUUUGUAUCAAAGCGCAAGAUGGAGGCUCGCCUCCUCUGAGCAGCAAUGUGACUUUAACUGUUUAUAUUGAAGACCAGAACGACAACGCUCCUCAGGUUCUCUACCCAGUACAGACUGGUGGAUCUCUGGUGGCUGAAAUGGUGCCUCGUUCAGCAGAUGUGGGCUAUCUUGUCACUAAAGUGGUGGCUGUUGAUGUGGACUCUGGACAGAAUGCCUGGCUCUCAUAUAAACUGCAAAAAGCCACAGACAGGGCGCUGUUUGAAGUGGGCUUACAGAAUGGAGAAAUAAGAACUAUUACGUACAAAGUCACUGAUAAAGAUGCUGUGAAACAAAAGCUCACUGUUGUAGUGGAGGACAACGGGCAGCCCUCUCGAUCAGCUACAGUAAAUGUGAAUGUCGCGGUAGCGGACAGCUUCCCUGAAGUCCUCUCAGAAUAUCCUGACUUUACACACGAGAAGGAUUACAAUGAUAACCUGACUUUUUAUUUAAUUCUGGCACUUGCUGUUGUUUCACUGCUUUUUAUUUUUUCGAUUAUUGCAAUCAUUUCAGUUAAAAUCUACCGUUGGAAACAGAAUAAGUUAUUCUAUCAGUCUGCAGCAAAUCUCCCCGUUAUUCCAUAUUACCCUCCCGUCUACCCAGACGGAACUCUGGGAACCCUGCAGCGUGUGUACAACUAUGAGGUGUGUGGAACCACUGACUCUAGGAUGAGUGAUGUGAAGUUCACAAGGCCUGAUAGUCAGAACUCACUGGUGGAUGUGAGUCGGAUGGGGACACUGCAGACAGAAAGGAGAGAGCAGGACGAUGUUGAUGUCCAUGAAGAGAGGUCUGACACCACCCCAUAUCCUUCCCAGAGGUCUGACACCACCCCAUAUCCUUCCCAGAGGUCUGACACCACCCCAUGUCCUGCCCAGAGGUCUGACACCACCCCAUAUCCUUCCCAGAGGUCUGACACCACCCCAUAUCCUUCCCAGAGGUCUGACACCACCACAUGUCCUGCCCAGAGAUCUGACACCACCACAUAUCCUUCCCAGAGGUCUGACACCACCCCAUGUCUUACCCAGAAGUCUGACACCACCAGAUGUCCUGCCCAGAGGUCUGACACCACCCCAUUCCCUGUCCAGAGGCCUGAUACAGCCCCCAUUCCCUGUCCAGAGGCCUGAUACAGCCCCCAUUCCCUGUCCAGAGGCCUGAUACAGCCCCCAUUCCCUGUCCAGAGGCCUGAUACCAGAGGCCUGAUACAACCCCCAUUCCCUGUCCAGAGGCCUGAUACAGACCCUAUUCACUGUCCAGAGGCCUGAUACAGACCCUAUUCACUGUCCAGAGGCCUGAUACAGACCCUAUUCACUGUCCAGAGGCCUGAUACAGACCCUAUUCACUGUCCAGAGGCCUGAUACAGACCCUAUUCACUGUCCAGAGGCCUGACACAGACCCUAUUCACUGUCCAGAGGCCUGAUACAGACCCUAUUCACUGUCCAGAGGCCUGACACAGACCCUAUUCACUGUCCAGAGGCCUGACACCAGCCGUAUGGCCUGACAUGUGUUUACCAAUCAAUACAUAGAAACGUUACAUUACCUGGCAUGCUGGUAUAAAAUGUAAAUGCGAAAGAGACACAAUCAGACAAGGAUCAAAUAUAUAGUUUCUUGCAUUCAUAUACAUUUGAUUUAUAGUUAAUUUGAAUGCAGUUAUUGAAAUGUUAUGACAUUGCUUAAUCCAAUGAACACGAAAUCAUUAUGGAGAGGAAGUCUGAUUUAAUUGAUCAAUCGAAGUAAUAGUUAUAGUCAUUCCAGGAACUCAGUCAGAGACGUACUCAUGCAUUGGUGUGAAACGAGUCUACUGAUUAAUAUACCCGAAUGAAUUAUUUCUAAUCGUAGAUCGCAAUUGUAUAAUAAUUAUUCAAUCAAAGGUAUAAAGCCAUUAAAGGUGGGCAAUCUCAGACAGAGUAACGUAUUGGUAGGCUAUUGAACUAGUCUAUUGGUUAAUUAACGUCAAUGAAAUGUAUGUACAUUCUUCCUCCCUCCUAACUUGCAAUCACGUCAUGACAUUAUUACUUAUUCAAAUUAACACACAUCGAAGUCAUUACGAAAAGGAAGAUUCAUAUGCUGCAAUUGUAUUUGUCUGUUAGUGCAACACGUAAAGCAAAUGGAGGAAGGACAUGUCGUUAUUAAACAUGACACAAAUGUAUGUAGUUGGAGAUUGCACGCCUGCAAUAACUUUACCUUGUAUUGGUUGCAAAUAAACGGAUUAAGGAAUU